ACCACUUCCUCCUCCUCUUGAUUCACCACACGGCAAAAAAACACCUUUCUCUUCAGGUGAGGUUUUUUUCGUACUAUUCAUCGUUUUCACUCUCUUCAACAACCCCAUAAAACGAUUCAAUCAUUUUCUCUAAACCCUCUUUUUCAUCUCCGAAAAAUCAUUCUUCUCUUUUUCUGUCUCUUUCUCUCUUCCAUUGCCUUGAACCCCACUUCACAAAACCUGGGUUUUUGUUUCUCGUAACAUAAACUUCAUGACGUAGUACGAUGAAUGUACCUUUGAUGUUUCUUAGUUUUUGUUUUUUCCGCUUGUUUUUAUAAGGCCACAUUGUUUGACUUCACUUCUAGUUUUUCUACCAUGACGCUUUCUUCUUUUUGUUUAAUAUUGAUCAUACCCUUUUGCCCCAUUUCAUCUAGCUUCUGAAAAAAACUAUUUUUUUUCAUCUGGGUUGUUGUCGGUUUGGUUAUUUUUUUUUUAAAGUUUGAGUUUUUGGUAUAGGGUUUUUCCUUUACCAAUUUGGGGUUGGUUUCGGAACAACCCAUCAUUGUUUGUUGUUUGGUUUAAUGUGAUAUAGGUUAGAGUGUUGUUGUUGGUGGGUUUUGAAGGAUGUCUAGUGAUGAGAUUGAUCCUGUUUUUGUGUCAUGGGAGGAGCAAGUGAUAUGCCAAGAGCGUGGGAACCGAGUGAUUCACUUCUACUUGAGACAUGUGUCUGGGGAUUCUGUGCUUGCUGUUGUUGGGACUGAGAGGAGUGUGAGGCACAUGAUGUAUGUUGUUCCUCAACAGUUUUUGCAGGCUUAUGGAUCCAUCAACGUUACUUAUAAAUGGAGGGCGAGGAGGGAGGUUGUGGACUGGCUUAAUCAUUUGGUUUUGAAGAAUCAAUCGCGUCGUGCUGAUGCACUGCUGGAUGACUCAGAAAAAGCUCUAGGACUGGGAUCUUCUGAUAUGUAUGCUAAUAACAGAAAAAUACCUGAUAAAAUGAUUUCUAAGAAGCUGAAAUUUGAAAGCUCGGAUAUUGGAUGGUCAAGCACUGCUUGGUUUUGUGCUAAAUCGCUGAAGCACUACUCCGGGUUUGACAGGAAAGGGACAACCAUAUAUGUUCAUUCAUUUGUGUAUAUUAUGGCUGAAGAUGAAAAUUCCUAUCUCGGUUACUUGGAAGAUAUGUAUGAAGACAAAAAGAAGCAAAAAAGGGUCAAGGUUCGGUGGUUUCACCGUGGCCAGGAAGUUAAGCAUGUGAUUCCAGACCUUGAUCUUGAAGAGGGUGAAGUUUUCAUCACACCUAAUGUUCAGGUGAUCAGUGCCGAGUGCGUCAAUGGGCCGGCAACAGUUCUGACUCCUAAGCAUUAUGAAAAAUACAAAGCUGGGUUGCUGCCGCAUACCUCUUUGCCUGAGAUCCAUAUAUGCUUUAGGCAGCUUAAAAACAAUAAGCUCAAGCCCUUUGCACUUACUAAGCUGCGCGGUUAUAGUAAUCAGCCUAUACUUUCUGGUUUGAACAGCCCUAGCCCUACUCUUUCCAAAAGAAAGGCGAACUAUCCAAAAUUGGAAGACGGCGAGAACAUCACUCAAGAUGAUCCUUUGAGCUACGUCAAUAAGAGAAAUAGAAGUUCUGUCGAGUAUUCGGUACCUGAAAAUGGUUCGUCUGGUCUUCAAUACUCUUCUCCUAUGAAUGAGAUGUCAAAAGGUGAACCGAAAUACCCUAGUCUGAAACUGAAACUGUCGAAAACAAUGGGUGUUAAGGUUAUGGAACCUAAGCCUGAACUGCCUUUUAAGGUCAAUGAUAAGGUUGAGUUUCUCUGUCAAGAUAGUGGCAUUAGAGGAUGCUGGUUUAGAUGUACAAUCUUGUAUGCAUCUCAGAAGAAGCUGAAGGUCCAGUAUGAUGACCUGAUGGACGCAGAUGAUGAAGGCCUACUUGAGGAAUGGCUCCCUGCAUCCAGAGUGGCAAAUCCUGACAAACUGGGCAUGCGUUGUUAUGGCCGUUUAACAAUACGACCACGCCCUCCUGAAUUUGUUAAAGGUUGUACAUUUGAGGUUGGAGCAGCAGUGGAUGCCUGGUGCGGUGACGGAUGGUGGGAAAGCGUUAUAACUGCUGUCGAUGUUUCUGAAGUUGGAACUUAUCAGCUGUAUUCCCCUGGUGAAGAGAAGUAUAUGUUGGCCAAGAAGGACGCCAUUCGGAUUGCCCAAGAUUGGAUUGAUGACAAGUGGGUUGAUAUAUUGGGAAAACCCGACAUUUGCAGCAUUAUAGGUUCAAAUUCCGGUUCCCAGACCAAGUUGUCAUCCAACUCUGCAGUGGUCGAAGGAUCAAUGACUGGCAGUUCUGCAACAUUAGAAAGUCCGAUGCCAGUUGCCAAAGUUGAAGUUACUCCAAAGGUUGAGCAAGAAUCAUCUGGUAUCGAACCAUAUCUUUUUGGUGGAAUGAAGAGAUUGACUUUGUGGAAACCGCCACUCCAUGCCAUUCAUGAAGAUGAGGAUAUCGACCCUUCUGGCUUUGAUGCUGAUACCGAUGAAGCUGAUGAUGAACUACUCAAAUCCAACGAUCCUGACUCUGGUAGUAGCAGCGACGAUGACGGCGGUGAUGGUGAUGGUGACGGCACUGACAAUGACGGUGAUGAUGAUGCUGACAACUUUGGAGACGACAGCGAGGAUAAUUUUUCGAUGGAUGAAAAAUUUGAUUGUUCUGAACCGAAACUCUGAUGCAGCAGGAGCGAUACAUGUUACAUGAAUAUAAGGUAGAGAGGUAAAUGAGAGAUUUCUUUCUCUUACUGAUUAUACUUAAGUGUAUAUAAUAAUGAAAAUCAAACUUCAGGGUAGUAAUAUGCAGAGGAUAAUGGUUGGUCAAAGGUUUUUUUAAUUUAGAUAACUGUAGUGUAUAGCUUAUGUUUUGGGUUGUUGAUCUACGGUGUUUUGCUAGAUCAACAAUCGAUAAGGCUUAUACAUAUUUAGUUCAUGUGGGUUGUUAGAUGCAGAGUUGCACUGAAACUUGAAACUGCGUAUCGAUGAGUUUAGCCCGCAAGGGUAAAGUCUGUAACUUGAGAUUUAAGGUUGUUUUUACCUAUGACCAUGAAGUACUAUAUAAGGUUUUUUAUCUGGAAAA